GUUUCCAUUUCCCGUUCCGGCGGCGCGGAGGGCGCGGGGUCGGGCGGCGGGGCCGGGCCGGGCUCCGUGCGGCGCUGCUUCAGCCCUGCUCUUCCCUCCGCAGGCUCGGCGGCAGCAUGUGGCGGCGACCGGCGUGGCAGGUGCUACGCCAGUUUGUGAGACAUGACUCUGAUACGGUUACCUCACUGGUACUUGAAAGAUCCAUGAAUCGUGUUCAGCUGCUUGGUCGGGUUGGACAGGACCCUAUCAUGAGGCAAGUGGAAGGAAAAAACCCUGUUACCAUAUUUUCCCUGGCAACCAAUGAGAUGUGGCGGACAGGAGAUAGUGAAGUGGGCCAGGGAGGUGACAUCAGUCAGAAGACAACAUGGCACAGGAUCUCUGUCUUCAGACCAGGCCUCAGGGAUGUCACCUAUCAGUAUGUGAGGAAGGGCUCUCGGAUCUUUGUUGAAGGAAAGAUAGAUUAUGGUGAAUAUACAGAUAAGAACAAUGUGAGGCGACAGGCCACAACAAUUAUAGCAGAUAAUGUGAUUUUUCUGAGUGACGGCUCUGUGAGAGACAAGGUGUGAUGCCCUGGAUCCAAGCACUAAGGACAUUUCAUUCCUUUGGUUUCUCAAUGCUUCAUAAUUCUGUAAUCACGUAUAUUACUGUAGUUUCUUUAAGAAAUAAAUAAAAUGUUUGUACCUAGAGGCUA